UCUAGCACGUUGACUCAAGUCGUGUGAACACACUGAGUUGGAAGCGCGAAUGGGAACGAACGAAAAUAUGGCUCAUUUUCGUGUGAAAAGGGUGCCAGCUCAUAUGAUUAGGCAUCUCCCAGGAAAACCAUCAGGUAUCAAAAUUGUUAUGACUGAUGGUGUCCAGCUGUGUUGGGACUCUCCAAAGAAAGAAAAAGUUAGAGAAUACUCCGUGUUCAUGGCAGUACGCGGUCCCAGUUCACAAGUGUCGGGGGAAGAUAAAAGUAACAUAUAUGAAUGCGAUCAACUCCAGUACUUCCGUAUAUACAAAGGCGCAGGAAAUAAAUGUGCAAUAACAAAAGAGCACAUUAGUAGUGCCUACCUGCACAAAACAGAUAAUUAUGGAUUUAUCUUUAGAAUAGCUGCAAAGAAUGAGAGAGGCUAUGGUCCUGCCAUACCAGUGAAAUGGGUUGUAGGCCCAAAAAGUAGAUGUAAAUCAUCCAGAAACAAGAUUAACACCAGAAUCCAUGCCAAGUGGAGGAGCUAAACUAAGUCAUUGCAUGAUCAUGCAAAAUAGAAUCUACUGCAAUUUUGGUGUGCUUAAACAUGUCUGUCUUAUGGAAUGUCACAUUUUGGAACAAACAACUGAAUUUUGGCUGACCUGCACAAAAUCAGUAGUUUAUUGAAGCUCAACCCAUAGAGAAUUCUGCAAACCAGUAGUAAACUUUAAGAAGUUUACCAAAAGUUAGAGAAGUGAUUAAAGGCAGUAUCAUAUUUAGGCCUUUACAAGAACUGUAAAAAAUCAUCCAAGAAGAACUUUACAGUGAAUUUUAUUUUCCCUCAGCACUGGUUCUUAAUACUCUCUCUGUAAGUAAAGUAUUUGUCCAAUUUUUGAACUGCCUUUGUUUUAAGAGCAACAAAUAAAAUUUCAAAAAAAUAGUGAUGUGUGCCCCAA